GGCCUGCCUACCUUGCAAAAGAACAAGUGGCGUGGACCGGCAAGGGUCGUUGUCACGAGGCCAACGACGAGAAGAAAGUUGUGGUGGUCUGGGUUGCUCACGGCACCAACUUGCUGCGUUGUGCUCCUCACCAAGUUCGACCCGUGGUGGAGGAGACUGGCUACGCCACUGUUGCAGACCCUGCGGCGGCCAUGGAAGCCUUGCGUGACCUUCGUGCCCGGAGCACUACACAGUUCCGCGAUGUCCUGGAGCCUGAGCCGGCGAUGCAGGAUGUCUUGGACGAGGCCCGCGACUACGAUGAUGUUUCCAUGGACUACGAGCCCUCGGAGCAUGCCCCGCAGCACGACAGCGAUGCCGAUGAUGAAGGUGGUCUACAACCUGUACCUCCACCUCAGUCACAGGCGGCUUUUCUCUACCAGCAGGCCGUCGCCGACACUCGAGAACCUCCUCGCCGGCGUCAACUGAGCGCAGCUGAACCUGAUCCUGAAGGUGCCCCGCCCACACCGGCCCUUGCACUGUCCCAGCCCAAGCGACUUCGACCUACUACUACCAGCGCUUGCGCCUUCGUGCCCGCUUCUGGAAGUCUUCGACCUAGCGGAGGGCGAGCUGCGGUGGAGGACGUCUUCAUCGUGGAUGGUGGCGCCAAUGACCUUCCAGGUGGAUGGGCGGUCAUGGAUGGCGACCUGGUCCUGGACGAAGUUUGGCUGACGCGAGAGGUCACUGAGAAGAAGCUCUCCGUUAGCCAACGGCUCGAGAUGAUCAACGCGAAGAAGGCUGAACUCCAGAGCUACUUUGCCAACAAGGUCUGGGAGUUCGAAGACCCAAAGCCUGGCGACAGCAUGCGCACGAUUUCGGCAAGGUGGGUCCUUACGUUCAAAGAAGACCCACCGGGGUCCACGCCUCGGGCCAAGGCACGCCUCGUGCUGAGAGGCUUCCAGGACCCCGAUAUGGGGUCCAUAGAGACUUCCUCUCCGACGGCCGCGAGGCAGGCCAAGUUUUUUCUUCUCGCGCUUUCUCCAGUGAUGAGUUGGACCUUGUAUGCCAGCGACGUCAAGACG